CCUGGCACGGCCCAAUAGCGGCGGAGCGCGGGGCUGGGCUGUGCGCUUCGGGACUGCCCAGCUCCCGGCGGGUCCCUGGUGCGGGGCCGGGGCGCAGCACGGACCCCUUAUCCCCGGGGGGCAGCAUGGCCACGGGCGAGACUCGCGUCCUCCGGCCCUUCAAGCUCAUCGGCCUCCUCUGCCUGCUGGUCGCCCUGGCGCUGGACGUGGUGGCUCUGUUGAGCCCCGCCUGGGUCACUUCGGAGCGCGGCUCGCUGUCGCUGUGGGAGGCAUGUAAACGGGCCCCGGACGUGUGGCGCUGCCUCAGCACCCUGAGGACAGACUGGCAAGUGGCUACGCUGGUGUUAAUCCUGACGGCAGCCACGCUCACCUUCCUGUUGUUCCUCGCCUCCCUGGUUUCCUUCUGCCUAGGCACUCCCAGGUGGUACUACAGAGUUGUUGCUGUUCUCCUCUUGGUUGCAGUGGUUCUCCAAGUGUGUGCCUUGAUUCUCUAUCCAAUCAAAUUCAUCGACAGCAGUAUGCUCAAGAGCUACCAUGAGUUCAACUGGGGGUAUGGCCUGGGCUGGGGAUCUGUUAUCUUCAUGCUGGGUGCAGCCAUCCUGUACUGCCUACGCACGGAUUUUUACGAGGAUGCCUACUACUAGGGUUGGGCAAAGGAGCUGGCCAGCCACAGCAGAUCACUGGACUAUCAUUAGAUUGACUGGACCAGAACAUGACGGGCGGGGGAGGGAAGAGGGUUGUUGGGUCCACUGGAGUUUUUAGAGUACCUGUUCUAAGACACUGAAAUAUAAGUUUUGCAAGAAAUCAACAAGCCUUAAUGAAAGAGGUGGGUGUGAAGAUCUGGAACUGGAUGCUCAUUAAGGUGAUAGAGGGAAUGUGGAGAGAGAAAUGGAUUAUAGCUCAUCAAAAUAGCCAGCUAUUCUCUCAGUCAUCUCAUGGUUUUUUCCCUUCCCUUUUUCACAGGACAGUUUUCUCUGAAUUGUAGAGAGUGACUUGUAUUAGUUAAGAGGUGAAGCAUGCUUUUAUUUUGAUAUAAUUUUGACACAUGGUGCUGUAAGAAAUAAUUCAGAGCUCGGGUUUUUUAAAGACUUGUCUAUUCCAUGUGACUUUGGAGCGACCACUAGCUCCUGGAGAAGAUAACUGUGCAGAGUUUGACUGCUGCAUCUUGCCUUUCGGUGGCUGCACAGUGCAGAAUGUCUUCCGAUGCAGAGAAGAAUAAAUUAGAGAAAUAACUUGCAUAUACAUUUCUUUCAGUCUUCAAUGGCUCAGGUGACAUAGCCACUAAAGCGUAUGAAGAGAGGUGAGAGCCGUAAAGGUCUGGGAUAUACGUAGGCAGGCACUGCAGCUUAAGCCCUGUGAAGCUAAGGUGCACAGCAGAUGAAGCAGAGGGAGUGCUGCAAAGCAAACAUUCCUGAAUAGUAUGAGCCUUUCUAUGCCUGAAUUCCUUCCAGCCUAUGACAAUAAUAAAAAUACUCCCCCCCAAAAACAAACAAACAAAC